UUAUUACCGCGCGCGCGUUCUCCGUCCUCCAGUCCGACCUAGCCGUGCGGCAAGCGGGUGUUUUUGUUAAAUCUCUCUCACAUCAACGAUCUCUUUUUCGCAUGACAAUUCCGGACCCCCCACGUGGCGUGGAGAAUACCUCAUUUCGUUCGGAGAAUCAACGAGGAGAUCCCGUGAAGCCGUACGAAGAAAGUGACGGUGGCGGAAGAGGAGGACGACGACGAGCUGUUCCGCAACAUUUUCCACUCUGACGGGUGGUGAAUCACGGCGUGGACUAUUGGGCGUAGACGACCUAUCGCCGGAAACGGGAAAGAGUAAAUUCGGUGGUGGAAGAGCGGGGCGAAAAAAAAGCAAGGCGAGAGCGAGUUGAGACGUCGAGAGAGGCGAGGAACGGCGGCCUCUCGUUUGUCGCGACGCGCGGAGGCGCAAUGCCGUCACGGCUUAUUUUGUAGCUAACGGAAAAACGUAGGAUGACCGGAUCUAAACCACGUCGUCGUACGUGAUCGUACUCUCGGUGCGACCCUUGGUCGCGUUUACGCAUUUGAGAAGAGAAGAGGUCGAGCUUGAACACGGAAAGUUUUAACAGCGUGAUAACAAAUAUUUUUCAUCGUUCCGCCUGAAAUUUAGAGGUCGGAGGUUUCACGGAACGCUCGCUGUACCGAACGGCAUAAGUGGACGGGGUAUCUUAGAGGAAAGAAAAGGCGUCUCUACGUCUGCCUUGACUCCAAUCUUUCGAAGGAAAAAAGCGGAAGAUAGCCUUCUUUCUCCUUUCGUGUCCGUUUAAGACCUCGGGGGGUCAAGGAAGGCAUCGGGGGAAUAAACCAGCAAGACUGGUCCCUGCAAAAUUGUUCGCUGCCGAACGGCAUUAUACACCGUGAAAUUAUAUCUCUGGCAGAGGCGGAAGCAUAAUCCUGGACGAUCCAUGAUUGCCGAUCUGCGACGAUGCACCUUCGGUAUCGAUCCCGUUUGCAAGUCAUCGGAGUUGAAAUAGUCUCGGUGUAUUCGAUACACAGCGGGUCGACACACAAAUCAAACGAAGAGUAGCGACGUAUCGAAGAAAAAAGGAAAAGAAGAAAACACAAAAAAAAGAUGAACUCCUGCUUUCCACAUUUGGCGAUAUUGAAUCCGCGGAAUGCGAACAAAUCGAGGGACCGGCUCAACGACGAGUGUAACGUCGUAAACGCCGAGGACAUCCGGAUGCGAUCGAGGACUCCGACGUUAUCGGGAAAGAAUGACAUUUUCCAAGACUUGGAUUUGUAUUACGUUCGACAGAUCGCACGAAACUCCAAGGAGCAUGACCUGGAGCAGAAGAUCGAGGUGGAAAUCAAGAUGAGAGAAGGCUCGGCGAGACUUUUGGCGGCUGCGAAGCAUCGCGCCCAGAGCUUAGAGGCCGCCAAAGCGUUGCUUACGUCCAACGAGAGGAUGUCGGUUUACAUGGCGGAAUUGCAAAGCCGCCGCCGCGAAUCUUCUAAACAAUCCUGUAUUUCUAGAAGUACGGGAAAGUUGUCAAUCUCGGAUCUUAGGAUACCGUUAAUGUGGAGAGACUCCGAUCACUUCAAGAAUCGCGGUGAUCAUCGUCGGUUCGCUGUAUUUUGCUUAGCACGAUUGGGCACAGAAAUUCAUGACACCUCUUUAUUAUGCCCCAUUGAUAGAGCUCAUACGGAUCUCAGCUUUCCCGAUGUCUUAUUAUUUAAUAAUGUGCCAGCCGAAUUUGAGUUAAUUUUAGAAGUCUAUAGCCAUGUUUUGCAAGAGGACUUAAGUAUCGCCAGCACGCCGAGAAGAAUUAAAAAGACUAUUCACUCGUCGAUUUCGAAAACCGUCGGCAAGAAGCUCGCUGCUUCACUUCGUGACGAAUUCGGUUCCGCCAAAUCUGGACCAUACUUCGAUUUAGUAGCUCGUGCUAAACUGACCUUAGACGAUACGAAUGAUAAUACUCACACGCACGACCUUGUUAUUAAUAGCAUCGAGAACAAGUAUCACUCCCUGCCGCUUUUCGGCCACUUUUGCUGUCGAUUGGCGGUACAGCCAGAAUCCAUUAAUAAGGAAAUGUGCAUUGGCAAUGUGAAAAUCGAUGGUCAAGAUUAUUGGGCACGUCUGCAAGGAUUUUGUAUAAAAAUAUGGGAAUCAAAGAAGCAUGCGGAAGAAGGUCAAAAUCCGGAACACAUAAUACCUAUUAAUAAAAGAACAAUCAUUCAACCGUCCAAAAGUUCCGGCAAAGAAAUUCUGAUAAAUAAUUCUGGCAACAGUAUGGAAAAGCUGUUGUUUAUUAAAUUCGAAUCAAAGGAGGAAGCUCAAAAAUGGUCAAAGCUCUUAUUGGUACACAUCAACGAUCAUUCGAGGUGGAAACACGCAGCGGAAGUUAUUCAAAGGGUGUCUAGCAUUGAAAGUACGAGAAAUUCCUUUAUCAGUAAUAAAAGACAGGGUUCCUUGUACGACGAGACACCUUUAAUAGAAUCGAUCCCGGAUUAUUCAUCCACAAGACCUACUGUACAAACGAUCUUUGAUCUCACACCUAGUACUAGUCUAAGCAGUUGUAGUUCCACAAAUAGUCUAACAAGUCUACGUUCACGUUCACUGAGUAUCAGUGGCGUAUUUAAACAAGGUGCCAUCUCUUUAAAGCCACACUUAGUUAAUAAAAAAACGUAACGAUUUCAUAAUUCUUUUUAAGAAGAAUCAUAAAGCCGAGUAAUUAUUAUGCGAGAAUAAGCUAGAACUUUUCAAUUUUGACCCGAGAUGUAUACACUAAGGUACUUUAAUUGGAUAAGUUUACUGAGGUAAAGGAAAGUUCAAUUAAACAUAAUUUCUCGAUUUAAAAAUACAUUGUCAGUACUGAAAAUCACGUUACUUAUAUAAUAAAUUGUACGUAUACAAUAAACCCAACAAGCAGCGUAAUAAAGGGAACGGCCCGGAGGGACAGUUCAUUAUCGGGCUGUUCCUCACCCUGAUAAAGUGAACUGCAAGGUUUACGAAAUGUUGGCAUUCUAAUAGCGUUUUUUAUUGACAGAACUAGUGAUAUUGCACUCAGUGCAUAUUAAAGCUAUUGUACACUAUU